UAAAGUAGAGGUGUUUAAGAGAGAGUGUCACAAAAGUCCUUCAGCAAACGAGUGGAGAGUGUUCAGCCUCCUUGUGUUCAGACUCUUUUGCUAAACAAGAUGCGGAGAAUCGUCCUGAUCACCCUGCUUAUAUCCUCAGUUUGUGCUCUUCACUUGGAAAUGCACAAAGAAGAGUCCAUUGGAAAUGAAUUUGAAGAAAGCUCUGGUGAGAUAGAAACAGAACAACUCCCUGGAAAGUGCUGGGCUUGCAAGUGGGUGAUAAGGAAGCUGAAAAAACAGAUCUCCAAAAAAACAACUUUGGACUACAUUAAAAAGAAGCUGGGGAUGGUCUGUGAUGAGAUCGGUUUUCUAAAGACAUUAUGUAGGAAGUUAGUGAACCGGUACAUGGACAUUCUGGUUGAAGAACUUUCAACUACUGAUGAUACCAGAACCAUCUGUGCUAACAUUGGUGUUUGUAAGAAAUAGGCAUGGAGUUAAUGACCUUAUAAAUGUUUAAGAAUCAUAUUUGAUCAAUUAAAGAAAUGCAUAUGG